AUGCUGGCACGUGGUCUCAUCAGGCGCUCCUUCGCCGCGCGGAGCGCGCACACGAUCGCGGUCCUCCCGGGCGAUGGGAUCGGCCCCGAGGUGAUGGAUGAGGCCGUCAAGGUGCUCGACAAGGCGGCCGGAAAAUUCGGCCUCUCGCUCGACCUGCAGCCCGCGCUCAUCGGCGGCGCGGCUUAUGAUGCGCACGGGGAGCACUUCCCCGAGUCGACGCGCGAGCUGUGCGCGCGCUCGGCCGCCAUCCUCUACGGCUCGGUCGGCGGCCCGGUCGCUGAGCAGCACCUGCCAAAGUGGGCGGACGCCGAGAAGAAUUCGAUCCUCGGCAUGCGGCGCGCCUUUGACCUGGCGGUCAACCUGCGGCCCGCGGCGAUCUUCCCCUCGAUCGCGCACGCGUGCCCGCUGCGGCCCGAGAUCGUCGCCGAGGGCGUCGACCUCCUCAUCGCGCAGAUCGAGAGGGCGCUGAGCGCCGCCUUCGAGGCGGCGGAGAAGCGGCGCGGCAAGCUCACCGUCGUCGACAAGGCCAACGUCCUCGACACCUCCCGCCUCUGGCGCCGCGUCGCCAACCGGCUCGCGCCGGCCCACCCGAGCGUCGAGCUCGAGUUCAUGUACGUCGACAACGCGGCGAUGCAGCUGAUCCGGCGCCCCUCCCACUUCGACGUCGUCGCAACGGAGAACCUGUUCGGCGAAGCGGACGCCUCUCGAGCCACGUCCCUCCCCUCGCCCCUCUCCUCGACGCCGCCUGCCCGCCUCGCAGGCGACAUCCUCUCCGACGCCGCCUCCGUGCUGCCCGGCUCGCUCGGUCUGAUGCCCUCCGCCUCGAUCGGCGCGCAGCAGACGGCCGCGAGCUCCGGCAUCAACAUGUACGAGCCGUCGGGCGGCUCGGCGCCGGACAUCGCCGGCCAGGGCAUCGCCAACCCGGCCGCCCAAAUCUUGUGCGGGGCAAUGCUCUGCAGGUACUCGCUCGACGCGGCCGCCGCUGCCGACGCCAUCGAGGCUGCCGUGCGAGAGACACUCGAGGAGGGGCUCUACACGGUGGACAUCGCCCCGCCCGGUGUGGCGCCUUGCUCGACCGUUGCCUUCGGUGACGCCGUCGCCGCGAAGAUCUGACGAGCCGGCGAGCCGGCGAGCCGGCGAGGCGACCUGCUGAGACGACCUGCCCGAUCUUGGCGGACGCGUGCGAGCGGACUGCACGCCCCCGCAAGACGGCGACGAGAGCAACCCGAACCCGGAACGGUGAGUACGCAGAACUGAUACUUGAUAGACUAUGCCGAUCCGUACAGUCAAUUUAUAUGUUUGUUCCCGGCGCGGUAGGAUUUGGA